CGCUCGCUCAUUCAGUUUUCUAGAGAGAUCUGAGCCGGAACCCGGGAGCCGGGAGAUCUUUCUCGCCCACCCAUCUCAGCAGCAAGGACAUCUACAGGGGGAAAACCCACCCCACGCAGCCCCCCGCCGCCCCACGGCAGCUGCUGGCGCUGUGCAGUAGGUGAUGGAAUAAACAACACUUUCCUUUGGAUGGAUUAUACUACAUGUGAACUACCUGUCACUCUUUCCGCAAGAAUAAGAAAAGCCCUUUGCUUUCAUUUGUUAAAUAUCAGCUUGAUGGGAAAAAGCAUCUGAAUGGCUCACACUCACAGCAGACCAUCACUUGAAUGGGAUCAGCACCUCUACUAAAGCAUCUGAAUUUAAGGAUUUGGAAAAGAGGUUUUUGCAGAGAUGACCCACUUACAAGCUGGACUUAGUCCAGAGACUAUAGAGAAAGCCCGCCUGGAACUGAAUGAAAACCCAGACAUUUUGCAUCAGGAUAUCCAGCAAGUCAGGGACAUGAUUAUCACGAGGCCUGACAUUGGGUUUUUACGUACAGAUGAUGCCUUCAUCUUGAGAUUUCUCCGAGCCAGAAAGUUUCACCAAACUGAGGCCUUCAGACUGCUGGCUCAGUACUUCCAGUACCGCCAAUUAAACCUGGAUAUGUUCAAAAACUUCAAGGCUGACGAUCCAGGAAUCAAACGGGCUCUGACAGAUGGGUUCCCAGGAGUACUGGAAAAUCGUGACCACUGUGGCAGGAAGAUUCUUCUGCUUUUUGCAGCCAACUGGGAUCAGAGUAGGAACUCCUUCAUAGAUAUCCUUCGGGCUAUUCUACUUUCCUUAGAAGUGCUCAUCGAAGAUCAGGAGCUUCAGAUAAAUGGCUUCAUUCUAAUUAUAGACUGGAGCAACUUCUCUUUCAAGCAAGCCUCCAAGCUUACACCAUCUAUCCUCAAACUGGCCAUUGAAGGGUUACAGGACAGCUUUCCUGCACGUUUUGGAGGAGUCCAUUUUGUCAAUCAGCCCUGGUACAUCCAUGCCCUGUACACGCUAAUCAAACCGUUUCUCAAAGACAAGACAAGGAAAAGGAUCUUUCUUCAUGGUAACAACCUGAACAGUCUUCACCAGCUAAUACACCCUGAAUGCCUGCCCUCCGAAUUCGGGGGGACUCUUCCUCCCUACGACAUGGGCACAUGGGCUCGAACGUUACUUGGUCCCGACUACAGCGACGAAAACGAGUACACCCACACCUCCUACAACGCCAUGCACGUGAAGCACGCGUCCUCCAACCUGGAGCGGGAGGCCUCGCCCAAACCCAUGAAAAGGUCCCAGUCCGUGGUGGAAGCUGGCACACUGAAACACGAAGACCCGGGGGAAAGCGAGAACACCCAACCACUGCUGGCUCUGGACUGAGGUCCCACAUGCCCAACAGACACAGAUCCAUGAACAGACUUCCACCGUACCAGAGACCCACAGAGCACACCACACACAGACACAUGCACACACACAUGUGUUUUGCUUGAUGGCAAGUCCUUCAUGUUUCCUGACCAAGUAACAACCGUCACCAGUCAUCCGUCCGUGCGGCCGACGCUGAACAAAAACUGAGAAAUUUCUAUUGACACAGGAAUCUGUCCAUAUACAAAGAAUUUCUUUUUUUUUUUUUUUUGAGUUAUGACAUUAAAAUAUUGGAAAUGGUGGAACUGCAUUCUCUGUUUAAAGAAACCAGGGUAUGUCAGUAGUUUUCCUGAAGACUUCAUCAGGGAUGUUCAUUUUAUAGAAGCUAAGGGGUUGAGUUUUAAAGAAAAGUAUCUCGAAUUUAAACUUUGCAUUGUAAUCAGUAAGUGUAAUCUGUGUCAGAGGGCGGAAUCAUCAUUUACACAGUAUUUGAGUUUUACAGAAGGAUUUUGCAUUUAAAAAAAAAAAAGAAAAAAAAAACAACCAAAAAAAAACCCCCAAAAACCCCAAUGCCAGUAUAAUGCCAUUCAACAUGAUACUUUGUGACUGCCUCAUCCGUGCUGCUUAUAUAGGGGGGAGGUCGCAUUUUACAGUAUCUAGCAAAAAUUGUUCUUAACUUUUGAAGCCCUCGUAAAACUGUCAGCUAAAGUGGAACGAGCUGUGUGGGCAGCAGACGCGCACAAUUUGAAAUGCAACUAUUUAACUUUAAUGUGUUUUUCCACAGGCAACUCAGGAGCCUAUUAGAUAUGUGCGUGUGCAUGUGUGUGCACAUGUGGUGGUGGUGGGGUGCCAGGGAGACCCAUUGGACACAUUCAGCAGUGAUUAAUGGUUCAAUCCAGAUUGUUUUAUUCAGGUCACAACAACAAAUGAAAGCUCUGCAGAGCCAUUUACCCCCUUCCCUCCUGCAGUCAAGGAAAGGUGUAGCCAGAAGGGUAUGCUGAUCGCAGAUACAGGCCAUGGCUAAAAUGGAAAAGGACAACUUAUAAUUAAUUAUUCAGUACCAGCUUCUGCUAGAAGGAAAUGCUGAAAAAUAGAAGAACUGAAAUGCCAAAGAUCAGUUUGUUAUUUCUCUCUUUGCUCUAGCUGCAAAGAAUACCAUCCCUUCAUUGAAAUGGAAACCAGAUUAAAGAAAUAAAAGAAAAAUCAUUAU